AGGCAUAAUCCCAAACUACCAACAUUAGAUGUAGCAUUUCCUUCCAUGACACAGAUGCCACAUCGGUCACCUCCCCAAAUAAUAGCUGCAAAAGCAAAAAGGAGCUCCUUUUCCUGCUUUCCUCUCAACUCUUGUGUGCCAAUCCCUUCCCUCUUCCACCCUCUAUUCAAUAUCUUCCCACUUGGGGAAGGAAGCCCGGCAUCUCUUUCUCCUUUGCAAUAUUUGCAAUCUUCGUCCAUUGCUGCCCAUUGUUGAUCUCUUGUUCUUCACUUCCUGAGCCUGCUUUCAUCUGAAAGCUUCCUUCUUUUCUCCUCUCUACUCCCGAAAGUUCAAGGCUUUGUUCCAAUUUUUCUCCUUUUCCAGUUCAUCCCUCUCAAAAUUUGAUUUUUCUUCCCACUUCUUUGGUAGUCUUUUUUCCGUGCGAAUCUGAGUCUUAUCUUUUCCAACAUUGGUGAGCUCGGGAAGUAGAUUAGAGCAGACUCAUCUUUGAUUCAUUCUUGGUUUCCUUCCUUUUCUGUCCCUUGUUUGUGUUCUUGGUUUCCUGGUUCUUGUGACCUGGCGAAGACGUUUUAUUGAGUGCUGAUACAUCAGUUUCCGGCUGGAUCCUGAAACUUGGAACUCCAUCGGAAGUUUGAUCUCCUUCAAGUUAGGAUCUUUUUCCUCUUACUGGCUUUUGGUCUCCAUGGGAGUUUGCCAUGGAAAGCCAAUACAAAGCCCUGAAUUGCAGGAAGAGAGCUCGCCGGUCCGCGACAUUAGCGAGCCUACACCGGUUCCGUCGACGCCGCAGCAACCAAAGUUCCCCUUCUGCAGCCCAAGCCCCCUUCCAGGCUCUUACAAGAACUCGCCGGCCAAUUCGAGUGUGAACUCGACACCAUUGCGGUUCCUCAAGCGGCCGUUCCCUCCUCCGUCGCCCGCAAAGCACAUUAAGGCCCUGCUCGCUCGUAGGCAUGGCUCCGUGAAGCCAAACGAGGCAUCGAUCCCUGAGGGGAGCGAGGUGGAGGUGGGCUUGGAUAAGAACUUCGGAUUCUCGAAGCAGUUCUUCUCAAAAUUUGAGCUUGGUGAAGAGGUUGGGCGUGGGCAUUUUGGUUAUACAUGCACAGCAAAGGUGAAGAAGGGGGAUAUGAAGGGACAGGAGGUGGCUGUCAAGGUUAUUCCGAAAGCAAAGAUGACAACUGCUAUAGCUAUUGAAGAUGUGCGAAGAGAAGUGAGAAUAUUAAGUUCUCUCACAGGGCAUAAAAAUCUAGUGCAGUUCUUUGAUGCUUAUGAAGAUGAAGAUAAUGUGUAUAUCGUGAUGGAAUUAUGCAAAGGUGGUGAAUUACUAGAAAGGAUUCUUUCGAGGGGCGGGAAGUAUUCAGAAGAAGAUGCAAAAACUGUCAUUGUUCAGAUUUUGAGUGUCGUAUCAUUCUGUCAUCUUCAGGGUGUUGUUCAUCGAGAUCUCAAGCCAGAGAACUUUCUUUUUACCUCGGAGGAUGAGAAGUGUACGUUGAAGGCCAUAGAUUUUGGUUUGUCAGACUUUGUCAAGCCAGAUGAGAGAUUGAAUGAUAUAGUUGGGAGUGCAUAUUAUGUUGCUCCAGAAGUUCUUCAUAGAUCCUAUGGAACUGAGGCAGACAUGUGGAGUAUUGGUGUAAUUGCAUAUAUUUUACUAUGUGGAAGCCGACCUUUUUGGGCCCGCACAGAAUCAGGUAUAUUUCGAGCUGUUCUGAAGGCAGAACCCAGUUUUGAUGAAUCUCCAUGGCCUUCUCUGUCUUCUCAAGCGAAAGAUUUUGUCAAGAAAUUGCUGAACAAGGACUAUCGAAAGAGAAUGACUUCUGCACAGGCCCUCUGUCAUCCUUGGCUGCGGAAUCCUGAAGAGGUUAAGAUUCCUCUGGACAUUAUAGUCUAUAAGCUUGUAAAGGCUUACAUAUGUUCUUCUUCUUUAAGGAAAUCAGCAUUGAGGGCUCUUGCCAAGACCUUGACAGUAAAUCAGCUCUACUACCUGCGAGAACAGUUUUCUUUGUUAGGGCCAAACAAGAGUGGCUUGAUCUCCCUUCAAAACUUAAAGACGGCCUUGUUAAAAAAUUCAACCGACACUAUGAAGGACUCGAAGGUUCUUGAAUUUGUUAACAUGGUGAGUUCUCUUCAAUAUAGAAAACUAGACUUCGAAGAAUUUGCUGCCGCAGCCAUAAGUGUGCAUCAGAUGGAAGCACUUGAUACCUGGGAGCAACACGCUCGUCAGGGUUAUGAAUUCUUUGAGAAGGAUGGGAACAGACCUAUCAUGAUCGAGGAACUCGCAUCGGAACUUGGACUUAGCCCGUCAGUGCCGGUUCAUGUUGUUCUCCAGGACUGGAUAAGACAUUCUGAUGGAAAACUGAGUCUCCUGGGAUUUGUUAAACUUCUGCAUGGAGUUUCCUCGCGCACAAUUCCAAAACCUUAGCAGAAGGUUCUUCUUCGAUCAACAAAGAUUUACGGUGGCAACAACUGAUUGUUUGAUGAGUUGAGGAAAGUAGAGCCAGGAGAAUCUGCGCAUGCCCUGAAUCAGGACGAUUGAUUGAGUAGGGCAGUCAAACCGAGACCGUAGUAGCCAUGGUGACAAAAUUAAAAACUUCCUAAAUUUGUGAGAUGCUAUCAAUCAGCCAUAUCAAUCAUUAGUGUAUUGUUGCUGUCCAGAAGAAUGUACAGAUGAGAAUUGCAAGCAAAGAAGUUUGAAGGGAAUUGAGGCCUGCAAAUGGGAUUCACUAACCUGUAAUACUUUCUUUUCACCCUCAAUAAGAUCUUUGCCCUGUUACAUGUGAUGAGAAAUAUUGCAAUCAGUAACACUGUCCUUGAAUGAUCUGUUACUUUGCUCUAUGCAAUUCCUAUGUUCCAAAAUGUGGUUCA